AUGGGCGUACGUAAAGCCAAUGGCGGAGGCACUUUGCAUCUAGCCAAGGGAAAGACAUAUGUCAUUGGUAAAGCUCUAGACUUGACCGGGCUUGAGGACAUUCACAUUCAUCUUGAGGGGGAGAUCAAAUUUCCGGAUGAUGUUGAGUACUGGCAAGAGAAUGCCUGGUACCAUCCCUUUCAGAAAUCGAUCAUGUUUUGGAAGUGGGGAGGAAAAGACAUUAAAAUUUACGACAAUGGUGUAAUUGAAGGCCAAGGGUCCGUGAAUCUCGUCCGUCCUUAUGAAAAAAAGCUGAUGCCAUUAGACAACGGUGGUGGAAUGAGUUCGAAUCUGGAACUGGCUCCUUACAUUUACAGCAUUCUGAACCCAAACAACAAAUAUUACCGCCCAAUCCUCUUCUUUGCCGAGAACACGACUAACCUCGAUGUCUCGGGUAUCCAUCUCAAAGACUCGCCUUGCUGGAACAACUUCAUCGUCAGCUCCAAGAACAUCAAGUACACAGAUGUUGUAGCGACUGCCCUUUUAAACAACGGAAUUAUCAUUCCCAAGAACAUUGAUUUCAUGAAUACCAUGAACACAUCGACGGUCCGGAUAGAAAGGACCUGGGUGAACAUCGAUGAUGACUGUUUCUCACCGAAGCCGAAUAGCUCAGAUCUUUAUUCUAUCGGCUCUCUGGGACAGUACAGGGGCGAGGUCUCUAAUGUCUACGAUGUGCACAUUGAGAACGUCUGGAUGAUGAAUGGAGACUACUCGGCAGCUCGUAUCAAAGUUUGGGCCGGUGAAGAAACUGGCACAGGAUUUGUCAACAACGUGACCUUCAAGUAA